AUGGCCGGGCCGCGGCGGGAUCCGCGUCCGGAGCCGCGGCGGGACCGGCGUCGGGAGGCGCCGCGGGCUCUGCGCUGUCAGCCAUGGCAGCCACGGGCGCGGAGCGCGGCCGGGCCGGUCGUGCCCGAGGGCGCGCAGGGGGCCCGGGCUGUAGUGCCUCCGCCGAGGGGCUCCGGGCGUGCGCCCAGCCCGGCGGGAAAGGGGCGGUGCCGGCCGGGAAGCGUGCUGGGAAAUGUAGUUCUGCUCCGGGAGAGCCGGCGGCCGCGCCCUCUGCCCCCGGCAGCACCUGCGGGGCUGUCCCGGGGCCCUGACCCUGCCCGGCCACCGCCGAGUGCGGGCCCAGGCUGCCCGGCCCCUUCGCGACGUUUGGGAAGAAGGCGGCCAAGGGCUGGAGCAUGGAAGAGCGCAGCAGCUUACGGCACAACCUCACCCCUAUCCCAGAAGUGCAGCCCCGUCCUGCUUCGCUAUACGCUCUCCUCUCCCUACUGCUGUUGUAGUCUCGGGGCGCGGAACAAAUUCGGAGAUUUGGAGCGUCAUUGCAUGGUGGGAGAGCAAGACUGGUUAGACCAGCCGGAGAAUUUUGUCUUGUCUGAACAUGUUCUGGAACCAAAGUAUUUAACAAGGAAGCAUCCACUCUUUUAUUGGCAAUCAGGCACACUGAAGAGUAAUUCUUCAAAGGUGAAGAGGGCAGCAAAGGAAUGCUUUUGCAUCAGUGGAGAAAAUAUGUAUGCACCUAAAAGUACAUGUGGUAAGUACUGACAGCCUUUGGUGCUCUCCUGUGUAGAGGGAAGUAUUAAAUCAAGUAUUAAUUAGUGAAAGAGAAACUUGUACUUUCUGUGUGCUUCUGCACUAGCACCCAUGAUUUUGUGCUCUGAACUGACACCUUUUGAGUCCUGUUCAAGAGGUCACAGACACCCCUAGCUCUUUAUUCACUCGAUGUGCAGUCAGACCAAAGUUCCAAGCUGUCUUACAUGAUACCAAAAUACUGGGCACUGAGGCAGCCACAAAGCAGAGGAGAUAGACAAUGCCAGCAUUGUCUCCAGCAACUGGAAGUUAAUCAUUAUUUACACCCAAAAUAACCACAUGGAGCUAUAAAAUAAGUCAGGAACAAAGCCACAAGGUGUCAGCACCGGCCUGUGUAUUUAGAAAAUAACUCCCUGCAUGAGACUUUGUUUUAACCUGCACUCCUGAACAUUUGUGGACAUUCAGUUGAGGAUAGUGUCACUUCAUUAACUCACCUCAGUUUAAUGACAAAGUAAUACCAUCUUCAGAUCAAUGAAAAAUACUCAAUGUAAACUACUACAGUUUCACUAGCAGCAGAAGCAAAGAAAAAAAAUAUUAUCUUUAAAGUUAAUCGUUAAGAUACAAACCUUGCAUCUUGAGGUCACCUGCAUAUACCUUUGCAUUUUGGGCUAAAGAAAAAAUUAGUCUUUUAUGCAGCUCAACUGCUAAGGUGA